AGGCGUAGGCAGUUUGAUGGAUAGAUAGGUAGCUAGGUCAGGGUGAACGUCAUGGAAAUUGUGACAGGAAAGUGAAAUCCGAAUCAUCUCCGUCGACAAUGUUGGAUCGGACUGAUUGUCAUCGAGCUGAUUUGUACAAAGGAAACGUGGAUUUUGAGGCCCUUUAUCUGGAGAUUUAGUUUUUUACUGACCCAUGAUAGGCUGGAUUAUUUACAGAUUUACGUCGCAAUUCCUUGCAAGGAGAAGAACGAAUUCAAAGAAGGUAGAUAUCGUUUUUUAGUGCGCAAUAGUAUAUAAGUAUGCCUGUGAAUCACCGUGUGCCCCUUUAAAGAUAGAGAAUCAACCAUGCAAGAAGAGCGUCUAAGAGAGAAAUCGGUCCACGUGUCUGAAUCCAAAGGGGUCGUUUCGAUCUUCAAUCGACUCACGCAGAAAAUCAUCAUGUUUAUGUGGGAUUGGAUCACGGGUGCCUUGGGCUAUCUGGGUUUAUGGAAAAAAUCGGGCAAGUUGUUGUUCUUGGGAUUGGACAACGCCGGAAAGACGACCUUGUUGCAUAUGUUAAAAGAUGAUCGCAUGGCUCAACACGUCCCCACGCUGCAUCCGACCUCGGAAGAGCUGUCCAUUGAUCGAAUCAGAUUCACCACGUUCGAUUUGGGUGGCCAUCACCAAGCUCGGCGGGUGUGGAAAGACUAUUUCCCGGCCGUAGAUGCCAUUGUGUUUUUGAUCGACGCGUGUGAUCGGAUGCGAUUGGGCGAAUCCAAGGUCGAGUUAGACUCUUUGCUCACCGACGAACAGCUGGCAAAUUGCCCCGUUUUGAUCUUGGGCAACAAGAUCGAUCGCCCUGGCGCGGCAUCUGAGGAUGAGUUGCGACAGAUUUUCGGCCUCUACGGCCAAACCACGGGCAAAGGAAAAGUGCCACGUUCCGAGUUGCACGGUCGGCCUUUGGAACUGUUUAUGUGCUCCGUGUUAAAGCGACAAGGCUAUGGUGAAGGUUUCCGCUGGAUCGCCCAAUAUCUUGACUAAGUCGUCUCUAAUAAAACAUACACACUCACACACAUCCGGAUGCCAAUGGCGAAUUGCUCUUCGUCAAUGGAUUCAACUAUUACAGUAUGUGACAGUGACUACUUGCUGGUGAAAGCUCCCAUGGGUAGCGAAAUCGAAGAUUGGCCCUACUGGAUUGGAUUUCCACUUCUCUUCGCCGAGAGGAGUUCUCUAAAAGUGAUAACUAGCUAAUUUUUCCAACUUUUCGAAGAAAAAUGCCCACUACCUUCUGUGACUUCUUAUUUUUUGCAGCCUUGAGAACUUUUUUUGUUCCAAUUUUAGUGCCCCUUUUUUUUUUUAUCCAACUCCCGUUCUUCCCGAUUGCCCUUAAAUCCAGAGUAUGGAACAAAAGGAUCAGUUCUCCCAGCAAUUCGAUUUUUUUUUUCACAUACAUCUCUCCCCGUUACAAAAUGGUCCAUUGUCGCUCACUGCAAUGGCUUGGGUCUCUUGUUUUAAAUAAAUUCAUACUCCCUGAAAA